CAAGACUGACACCACAGACAUUACAUUUAAUCGGUUCCCUCUACAAGAUAUUUCCUAUUAUAAAUGAAAAUUUAUUUAAAAUUGAUUUUAGAGACAGCUCGUUGAGAGAGAUUUAGAUUUGUCAAGACAUUUUAUGUGAAUCUUGUUGACAAUGAGAGUCUAAUAGAAAAUAGUGAUAGCGUGAACAAAUCUGUAAGAAAAGAAAAGUUAGGAAUAUAGUGUUUUAUAGAAAUUGUAUCGAUAAGAUACUCUGAGAUAGAGAAGAAAAACAACAAGGAUACCGAAUAUUUGCUGUAAAGGGAAUAGAUUAAAGUUUUAUAAGGUGUUCUUUUAGAUAUUGUGAAGAAUUGUACGUUUCUCAGCGUCCAAGAAGAUGACGUCAUUAUCAAACAAGGCGAAAGAGGAGACAGUUACUUUGAAGAAUUCUGUUUCUACGUGAUUUUGAGAGGAUCAGCUGCAAUCUAUAUUGACCCUAGGAUGACCGGAGAGGGAACAGCAAGCGAGGAUGCUCUCUCGAGGACAUCGGCAAAGAAGAAGCGAAGGAAGAAGCCGCCUCAGAUACCAGAAUCUGAGGCGUCCGUGCUAAGCGGUAUGGAAAAACCUUCUGAAGGGGACGCAAGUGAGAACACUGAAGCGACAAAAACUGAAGAUGGUCACGAGGAAGAAGACGAAGGGGAAGAAGACGGGGAUGGUCCAACAAGAAAGAAACCUAUACAACUGCUCACCCCAAUGGAUAGGAACAAAUAUGGAAAAUUCAUAGCUGACUAUGGUGUUGGUAGCACAUUUGGUGAGGUGGCACUUGUAAAUAAAGAUACGUUCAGAAAUGCUUCUAUUAUAGCAAAUGAAAGCACUGAUCUUAUUGUCAUUGACCAGGAUCUCUUUGACAGAUCUCUCAGGGCCGAGCAAGAGGCGAGAUAUGCUGAGAUCAGAGAUUUUAUUGAUGACCAUCCGUUCUUUAAAGACAUGAACACUAAAUUCAAGAAACUUUUGGAGAUGAGUCUAAGAAAAGAGCGGUAUAUUUUUGAUACAAAUAUAAUCCGCCAGGGGGAUCCUGUUACCGGUCUUCAUUUUAUCAUCAGCGGAAGUGCAAAUAUCAGUAUUCAGCCUAAGAAACACGUCUCACAGUACACGCAUUUAUGGCCUUUUGAAGCAGGAAUGGAUCAAAUUGCUAUUGAAUUUGAACAUCUCAGGGAAGCUCGUCGUGCGGCGAUUUUAAGAAAGUACGAGGACCCUUCUGUUUGGGAAACAAAACCCGAAGAACUUGUGAUAAGGCGAGAACAAGGGUAUGCCGCCAUAGAAAAGAAAAUGAAAGAAAAUCAUAUCAGUUUAUGUUCUGUACAAAACAAAGAGGUCCUUGGAGACGUGGAGAUGUUAGUUAAUAUAGACACAUACAUGCAAACAGUACGAUGUACUUCUGACACCACGUGCUUUGUGCUCGAUACGAAGAAUUUCGAGCGUCUUGUGAGCAAGAAGAACAAUCCUCAGACCAUGGACUUGAUGCGAGAAUAUGUGAAGAUUAAACUGGCAACCAGGAUGCAAAUGCGGAAUGCUGACCUGAUCCCAUUUCUGGGGUACCUACAUCAAAAAUUGACCGAACAAUCCUUACCUCCGACCAAAAAGCCGGAACCUUUCAAGACAUCAAAGACUAUACCUGAUGUAGAUGAGGAAAUGCAACAUUUAUUACAAUAUUUCAAGGACGGCAAAGAAGUGAUGCUUAUAAAACCGUGCAUACCUGGGGUUGUAUAUUAUCAUGAGUUAAUGCAAGAGAAGGCAAAGGCACGAGAACUCCAACGAAAGGCGGGAGAAGCUAAAAAGACGACGACGGGAGAUGCUAUAAAGAUAGGAUCUGUAUACACUAGUAAACGAAAACAACCACGGAAACCUAGAAGCAUGCUUCAGAUCCGAGAAUCACUCAAACAAAUGAUGGAGGCUGAAGUGAUUGAAAUGGAGACGAAAAAGUUUAAAAAGAAGAAACCAAAGCUGACGCCUAAAUCAAAUCGUAAUGCUCAGAUAAGUGAUAGGUCACUCCCUAAAGAUUCUCCAAAGACUCUUGUAGGAAUGAUGAACGAUAAACCUAAACAAGACAAUGAUAAAAAACCUGGUUUGAUCUCACUUAUGAAAGCAGUUGCUCAGAAAAAGGAGGAAACCAAUGGAGCUCAACAGAAUGGAGAAGAAUCAAAAGUUACCAAUAGUUUAGCUUCAAAUCCAAACUUGCCAAAGGCAACACCGCCGGUGUUUGUGACAGAAAUGGCAAAACAAUCCGAACUAAAGUUGCCAGCAAUUCGUGAAGAAAAUACUCAAGAUGAAAUAAUACUGCAUAAAAACACUGCACAGGACAGUCAUCAAAAUGUAACAUCUAGGGAAACCCCUAGAGAGAAUGGUAAUGCUAGCAAGCAAAGUUUAAAAAGAGAAACGCCUGAUGUUAAAGCAAAUGGUUCAGGCAAUACACAAGGUGAUAAUGAUACAAAUGGUUUCUUACCGCCGAUUAAUCAAAAUCAGCACGAAAUACACACUGAUAUUAAUACACAAAUUGACAAUAAAGUGCCAAAACUUCCUAACCUUGGAGGAAGUCUUACUAAUCUGACUCAAGGUUUGGAAAGUCAGCGGACUGACGAAGAUUCUACAAGCACAGUGUCUUCAAGGUGGCAGACUGCGAUCACGUUUGUGAACCAAAGGGUUCAAGAACGGCUCACAAAUGCUAUAAUGGAAGAAGAAACGUCCUAUAAAGAUUUUGAAACAAGUGAACCUUCUCUGCGACUACUUGAGCAUAAAAUUCACGCUUUUCAUAUCAAAUAUGGAAAAGGGGACCAAACAAAAUGUCUACCACCUUUGAAAAGAUACAAACUUGAUCAAGAUACUGAGAACAGCAUGCGUCCAAAGCCAGGAGGAAAAGUCUGGGUCAAAAAGCAGCACUGUAAAUUUUCUGACUCGGAAUUUGUUGUAAAGGACCACAAACAUAUUCGAUAUCAGAUGGUCGACGCUAUUCCGGAAUUUGACAAGGUGCAGAAAUCGCGCGUUGUUGUUCAGCAAAUAUUGAAAACAGCAGACUAUAGAAAUAAAAUGACGUAAUUAUACAGAUGACGUGAUCAUUACAUUUGUUAUGAGUGGUUGACGUUUGACGAAGGGAGAACAGUGCAAAUAGAGAAAUGAUAUGAUUGUAAAAAUAGGAUAUUUAUUUAAGAAAGUUAUGAGUGUCAGGCUUUAAUAUAAACAUUUAGAAAAUUGUGUACUGCAACAGUACUGGCAGCAUUAGGAAAAUUUGCACUUGUAACAUUGAAAAUAGUCUUUAAUAUACAAUUUUUAUGACACUGCAUUUCUGUGAUAUCUUUUAUUUAAUUGUUUUACUAAGAAAUUCUUUACACUUUUGAUAUUUGUAUAAUGAAUUAAAACAUUACAAAUA